AUGAAUCACCCAUACAGCAACCCCGCCUGCUACAUGCGCACGAACGAGGAUGACCAAUUCUUUUCAUACGCAAGGAAUGACAAUGUUUACGAUGAAAACUACUCUUAUACUGCGCCUCGGCAGUAUGGAAAGCGGGAGGUUCGGGGCAAGGACCCGUAUGCGAAUAUGAAAAGCUUUGCGCCGUCCCUGUCCGUUGACUCCAUCCCCCUCACUUCCCCACGACUCUCGACGCCGCUGCGCCCUGCGAAUCCAAUCCCCCUGGCUGAUCCGAAUGUUGGCGAUGGCGGGAGUUACAGCGGUUCGGGCACGACAGAUCGAUAUGUACCACCCCAUCCCUACGGCGCCCAGGGCAUCUACACCUCUCAUCUCAAUUUCGACGACGACGAAGGAACGAUCGACAUCCCCCCGUCCCACACUGCGUCGUACUCAUCCGCCUACUCGACGAGCCACAGCGGACAUCACUCUCGCCCCGAUCACCAACACGACUCGGAUCGGAAAGAGAAGCGCGCGCGCAAGGAGAGGCGGCACAGUCAAAAGGACGGGUAUCUCGCCCCUACGACGUCCUUCCCUUCGUCAUCCCGAGAGCGAGUAGGUUACCCCCAGAAUGCCCCUGAUCCGCAAAGUAGCCGGGGAAUUGCUGUCCGCCCUGGGCGCUCUGCCUCGCACUCUGGUACAAUCCGACCACAGCACAAUUACAGCAGUUUUCAGCGGUCGACUGCUAAGAAAGUACCUGGGAUUAUGAAAUUCGCGUCGGAGCAGCACCUCCCGAGACAAAGCGUACAUUUCGUUGCGGAGGUAGAGCUGGAGACGCAUCAGAGUCAGACUCGCCGGGUGGGAAUAGAAGAGCCAGUAGGAGAUGAAAAGAAGGGGACUUGGAGGAUGAGUUUGACGAAACGCAUCCGUAGAGCAUCCCGACAGGUCAAGUCUUUCUUCGGCGGCAGGCUGCUGAAGAGUCAAUCGAUGCCCUCGUUCCCGACGUCUGGAUACUACGACGAUCCCCAUGUGGGGAGUGUACGGGGAAGAAACACGCUAGUUUCCUCUUGGCCCCAGGCCUCCAAUUUUCAGUCCAACGCCCACUCAAGGACAAGCCAGUUAUCACUCCUAUGA